CAGCGUUCUGGGAAAGCCAAACAAAAUUGUUAAGUGAAUAAGUUACGAAGCGUUACAAAAACAAAACAAACAAUAACAAACAUUCGUGAAAUGUAUAGUAAAAGCGUAGAUCAAAUUACUAUUCUGCACGGAGACCGUACUAAACUGAAAGAUCUCCUUCGACUGCGACUCAUCGAGAGCGGAUGGGACGACCAGGUACGGUUGCUCUGCCGGCAGGCCAUUGCGGACAAUGGCUUAACAAAUGUGGAUUCUGUAGUGCAGGUCGUGACGCCGGAAGCUCGUACUCUGAUUCCCGAUGUAGUGAAAAAGGAGCUUCUGCAGAAAAUUAGAAUGAUCCUAAUACAGCAGGAAAAGAUUGAUCAGUGAGGUGG